AUGGUUGAUAGCUCUUUUCGGCAAUUUUUAAAUUUCCAAUUAACAUCUAAGUCAGGUACUCAAGUAUUAAAACCAAGUACUCCAAUGGUAGCUGCUAAUAUAAACACUCGAGUAAUAGAAAGGUUAAACAUUAUCGUUGAUACUACUACAAGGGAAAGACCAAAUGAUUAUGAUUUAUUGCAUAAAACUAAUGUUCUUCAGCCUAAGGAAAAUACUG